CCCGAUUUUUUCUCUCUUUACAUAACCCAACAAACAGUACAUGCAUGUUGUCAACACCGAGUCUCAAACAAACACACACACACACAAAUCUCUCUUCAUUUUUGUUUUGUUCCUCCAAGAAUCUGAAUAUGCUUCACUUUAGUUCAAACAUGAAGAACAUCGACGAUACGACGUCUUCAAUGACCCACCUGAUCAACCCAUCUCAACCUCCCUCCGACAAAACCCAACAAGAUCCAAGUUUGUCCACCGAGGCUUGUAUUGUUUCCGACAAGAAAGAUCAAGCUUUGCCCGAAGAGAAACCGAAACAAAAUCAAGAAGCGAUCAUUGGGAGAGACAAGCUAAAGCAGCACCGGAGAGAGAUGGCCGGAAGAGUUUGGAUACCGGAGAGAUGGGGGCAAGAAGACCUUCUUAAGGAUUGGAUCGACUGUUCGAAGUUUGAUACGUGUCUUGUCCCUAACGGGAUCUCGUCGGCACGUUCGGCUCUCGUGGAAGAAGCUAGGCGAGCUGCUUCAGCUUCUGGUGGAUUACAUAAUCGUUGCUUGAUCUUACGCUGAAUGUUUAAUAUAAUAACAUAUAUAAAUGUGGUUCUUGUUGCUCAAUAUUAUAAUAUAAGACACUAUUAUCA